CCAUUGAUUUUGCCUAUCAAGGACACACCAGCAAUUAUCAUCGCCAGCCUGAUCUGUCUCCUAUUUGGAUUAUCGGUAUCUGGAAUGUCAGAAAUCACGUGUUACGAUGGUGAGACUGGAGGACGUCGAAAAUGUCAAUUUUCAGAUUGCCUGAGACGUAAAUGCAAAAGUACUUCAUGUGAGAGGACCAAAGAUGCUUCUGUCAUGUCAAGGUUUGGCGAACAAUCAAUCAACUGUGGACGAACCGUUCUAGCUUGUGACAGUAACCCGUGUUCUCACAUGCUCCAUGGACGGUGUGUCAACACUGUCGAUGGGUAUAUCUGCGUUUGCGAGGACGGAUGGACAGGAUCUAACUGUGAUUUGGAUUCGUCACAAUGGAUAUGUUCUAAUUCAACUGCUAGAUGCUACAAUCACUCACCUGCAAAGCUUUCUUACGAAGCUGCACUUGCCUACUGCGACGGUAAGAACCCAGUGUCACCUAUACCAGAGACAAGAGACGCCUCAUUGCUGUUUGUGAACACAGAGAUCGGACAAGUCGAAAGCCUUUUAAGCAUAACUGAAGAUUACGUUUGGAUCAAUUGCAAUGACAAUAUCACCGAGGGCGAGUUCAUCUGCGUAAUCGAUGCUGUUGGCACCACGACACCCACAAGAAACUGGAAAUCGAACCAACCAGGCGGUGGUUUGUCUCAGCAGUGUGUUGCUGUGAGUACUGUUCACACUGAAUGGGAGGAUAAAGCAUGUUCAGAGGUGUACGACACAGUCUGCCAGAUACAUAUCUCUUCUCCGCUGGAUAUCGACGAAUGUGCAAGCAACCCAUGCCAGAACGGGGAGUGUACAGAUGACGUUUACUUCUUCUCUUGCUCCUGCGAUGCAGGGUGGGAAGGAGAACUAUGUGACCAACUUAUUCCUGCCAGCGUUUGUGACAGCAACCCUUGUUCAUACAUGUUGAAUGGUCAGUGCACGGAAAUAACCAAUGGAUACACAUGUGAAUGCAACACUGGAUGGACAGGAGUCAGAUGUGAUUUAGAUGAGUUACAGUGGCAGUGCUCUGAAACAACGGAUAGGUGUUAUAAUCGUGCAAGUUCAAAGUUUUCUUACGAUGGUGCGCUGGCCUACUGUGAUGGUAUGAACCCAGUAUCGCCUAUAGAUAAAACAGGAAAUACGUCACUGCUGUUCGUGAGCACCUCGGCGGAGAUCGGAGAUGUUCAGACUUUAUUUGGUAUUACAGAGGAGUACGUAUGGGUCAACUGUAACGAUCGGUCCGUCGAAGGCCAGUUCGUCUGCGUAAUCGACGCCAAUGGUACAACCACCUCUGACACUAAUUGGAGAUCUGGACAACCUGGUGGUGGUUCAUCCCAGCAGUGUGUUGCUGUGAGUACUGUACACACUGAAUGGGAGGAUAAAGCAUGUUCAGACGUGUACGAAACAGUCUGUCAGAUACAUAUACCUCUUACAGACUUGGAUCCAUGCACAAGCAGCCCAUGUCAGAACGGGGACUGCGUCGCAAGUGAGGGAAUAUUUACAUGUACAUGCCAUGAAAGCUGGUCAGGGAAUCUUUGUGACAAAGAAUGGAAAUGCACAGCGAGCAAGUGUUUUCAUCUUUCCACCGAAGACAUCAUUUUCAACGAUGCAGUUGCCUACUGUGAUAGUCUCAACCCUGUCACUCUAAACCAAACCAUCGUAACUGGGACCAGGAACGCAUCUGUUCUCUUCGUUGGUUCCGACGCAGAAAUUGCCGAGGUUGAGGGUCUAUUCGAUUAUUUCUCAUCAACUCGUCAAGUCUGGGUGAACUGUAUUGAUGAAGACUCAGAUACAAAUUAUGUCUGUACAAUGGAUGACGUAGGAACAUUGACGAGUUCUAGAAACUGGAGGUCUGACCAACCAAACGGUGGUGGUAGUCAAGACUGUGUUGCUGUGGAAACAGAUGAUAAUAAAUGGCAGGACAAACGGUGCACUGAUACCUAUAACACAAUAUGUCAAAUAUACAGAGUGCCUGUUGCCGAUAUUGACGAGUGUUCCAGUAACCCCUGUAUAAAUGGAGUAUGUACAGACGGUCUUGGGAGUUUUACCUGUACUUGUGAUGAAGGAUGGAGAGGAGAACGAUGUGAUACCAUAUUUGAAUGGAAAUGCACAGCGACAAAGUGUUUUCAUCUGUUCACCGAUGACAUCAUUUUCAACGAUGCAGUUGCUUACUGUGAUAGUCUCAACCCUGUCACUUUAAACCAAACCAUCGUAACUGGGACCAGGAACGCAUCUGUUCUAUUCGUCGGUUCCGACGCAGAAAUUACCGAGGUUGAGGGUUUGUUUGACUAUUUCUCAUCAACCCGUCAUGUCUGGGUAAACUGUAUAGAUGAAGACUCGGAUACAAAUUAUGUCUGUACCAUGGAUGACAUAGGGACACUGACGAGUACUAGAAACUGGAGAUCUGACCAACCAAACGGUGGUGGAAGUCAAGACUGUGUUGCUGUGGAAACAGAUGAUAAUAAAUGGCAGGACAAAAGUUGCACUGAUACCUAUAACACAAUAUGUCAGAUAUACAGAGUGCCUGUUGCCGAUAUUGACGAGUGUUCCAGUAACCCCUGUAUAAAUGGAGUAUGUACAGACGGUCUUGGGAGUUUUACGUGUACUUGUGAUGAAGGAUGGAGAGGAGAACAAUGUGAUACCAUAUUCGAAUGGAAAUGUACAGCGACCAAGUGUUUUCAUCUGUCCACCGAAGACAUCAUUUUCAACGAUGCAGUUGCUUACUGUGAUAGUCUCAACCCUGUCACUUUAAACCAAACCAUCGUAACUGGGACCAGGAACGCAUCUGUUCUAUUCGUCGGUUCCGACGCAGAAAUUACCGAGGUUGAGGGUCUAUUUGACUAUUUCUCAUCAACUCGUCAAGUCUGGGUGAACUGUAUAGAUGAAGACUCAGAUACAAAUUAUGUCUGUACCAUGGAUGACAUAGGGACACUGACGAGUACUAGAAACUGGAGGUCUGACCAACCAAACGGUGGUGGUAGUCAAGAUUGUGUUGCCGUGGUAACAGAUGAUAAUAAAUGGCAGGACAAACGAUGCACUGAUACGUAUAACACAAUAUGUCAAAUAUACAGAGUACCUGUUGCCGAUAUCGACGAGUGUUCUAGUAACCCCUGUAUAAAUGGAGUAUGUACAGACGGUCUUGGGAGUUUUACUUGUACUUGUGAUGAAGGAUGGAUAGGAGAACAAUGUGAUAUUCUAGUUGAAUGGAAAUGUACAGCGACCAAGUGUUUUCAUCUGUCCACCGAAGACAUCAUUUUCAGUGAUGCAGUUGCUUACUGUGAUAGUCUUAACCCUGUCACUUUAAACCAAACCAUCGUAACUGGAACCAGGAACGCAUCUGUUCUAUUCGUCGGUUCCGACGCAGAAAUCACCGAAGUUGAGAGUCUAUUUGCACAUUUCUCAUCAACUCGUCAUGUCUGGGUGAACUGUAUUGAUGAUGACUCUGAUACGAAUUAUGUCUGUACCAUGGAUGACAUAGGAACUCUAACAGAUACUAGGAACUUCAGAUAUGACCAGCCGAAUGGUGGGGGGAGCCAGGACUGUGUUGCCGUUGUAACGAACGACAAUAAAUGGCAGGACAAAAGUUGCUCAGAAACUUACAACACCGUGUGUCAAAUAUACAGAAAUCCUGUUGCUAAUACUGAUGAGUGUGCAAGUAAUCCUUGUCAGAAUGGCGUUUGUAACGAUGGUCUUGGAUUGUAUUCAUGUACGUGUAAUGAGGGAUGGCGCGGAGAUUUCUGCCAUAUCGAAGUUGAAUGGAAAUGCACCGAUACAAAGUGUUUCCAUGUCUCACCUGAAGAAAUCACCUUUGAUGACGCUGUUGCUUACUGUGACAGUUUUAACCCGGUUACUCUAAACCAGACCAUUGUAACUGGUACCAGGAAUGCAUCUGUUCUAUUCGUCGGUUCCGACACAGCCAUUACCGAGGUCGAGGCUCUUUUUGAUUUCUUCUCAUCAACUCGCCAUGUCUGGGUGAACUGCAUUGACGAGGAUUCGGAUACACGGUUUGUCUGUACGGCCGAUGAUGUAGGGACACUGACUGAUAUCAGACAUUGGAGAUACGACCAGCCAAACGGCGGGGGCAGUCAAGACUGCGUUGUUGUAAAAACAAGUGACAACAAAUGGCAAGACAAAAGUUGCACUGGACCAUACAACACUGUGUGUCAGAUAUACAGAGUUCCUGUUGAAGAUAUAGACGAAUGCACUCCCACAAACCCGUGUGUAAAUGGAAAUUGUGUAAAUGGCAUAGGAGGUUUCAACUGUAGCUGUAGCCAGGGCUGGAUUGGGGAUAUAUGUGAUGAAGCUGUUGAAUGGAGAUGCUCGCAAACCAAGUGCUACCACCUGUACCCUUACUACCAACGAUUUGACGAGGCUGUUAGCUACUGCACCAGUCUCAGCCCAGCGACAGUGAAUGCAACCAUCACGGGGGACUCCUCACUCCUCUUCGUUGGCUCUGAUGACGAGAUAGUCGAGGUUGAAACUUUGUGGGGAAUAUCAUCUACUCUGUUCAUCUGGGUCAACUGCAAUGAUAGGCAGACAGACGGGGACUUUGAAUGUUUCUCAGACGCGGAAGGUACACUUACCGGAGAACGGAAUUGGCUGUCUGGCCAACCAAAUGGAGGGGAGAGCCAGGGAUGCGUUGCCGUGGAAACAGACGACAACAAAUGGCAGGACAAAGAAUGCCAUAAUCUCUACAAUACCAUCUGUCAAAUACUAAUAUAAUAUAUUCAACACAUGCAUAAUAUAUAAAUAUGUUUGUACAUUCUGGUAAAUAAUCAUUUAAAACAAGAAUAAACAUAACUUUCAUUCUGUCUAAUAUUAAGAAUAUGACAAAACAUCGAAUGGUGACCCGACCCCUUAAUAAAGUAGUACAAAGGCAAAUGUAUGCAAUUGUUUAUCAUGAAGUCUC